AUGAGUGACUCGACGACAUUUUUGUCACCACAUUUCUUGCCGUUAUUUAUUGAUGCUUAUCGCAGUCAUCCUUGUUUGUGGAGAGUUAAGUCGAAGGAAUAUUCAAAUAAACAUCUAAAACAAAGUGCCUACCAAGACCUCGUGGAGUUGGGUAAACCAAUCGUAGGUGAGUGCAAUGUCGACUACAUUAAGAAGAAAAUUGAGCUGAUUAGAGGGAACUUCCGGAGGGAGCAUAAGAAAGUAAAAGCUUGCAAGAAGUCAGGAAGCGGUGCAGAAUCGGUGCAUGUACCUAAACUGUGGUAUUACAAACUGCUCCUAUUUUUAACCGAUCAGGAAGAAGUGCAUGAAUCCACAUCGUCUAUGGACCCCCCUGAACAUAAUGAAGAUCUGGACGACACAGAAAAUCUACUUGAGGAAAGCGAUCUCCCAGAUGAAGAGGGUGAUAUCAUUCAAGAACAAUCCCCAGUUCAAUCUGAAAAUCCAUCGGAGAAACGAAAAAAAAGAUCUAGGACAAACGCUGAAGACAACACAGCCACUACUGAUUGUCUUCAACAAGCUGUGUCCAUUUUGCAGAGACAAGAAGAUGAAUACGAGAAAUUUGCUGGAAAUGUAGCAGCCAAGCUCCGUAAAAUGGACGCCAAACAGUGUAUGUUUGCUGAAAACGUCAUAAAUCAAACCUUAUUUCAAGGAUUGAUGGGUAAACUUCAAGAAGAUUCAUAUAUCUACAACCCACAACCUCUGGUCGUCACACCUAGCACCUCUUCCAUGGGUGACAGGAGCAGUGGAAGAAAUACACCAUAUACCAACCAACACGAACAAGCGAAUGAAUUUCCUUCGAUGCAUACUAUUUUUGGAUUUGUAAAUCAAUAA